AUGGCUCUUGAACUUGCAAUUUCUCCAAUUAUGAUUCCCUUGGCUGUUGCAGAAGCCACUCUGUGCCAUUUUCACCGGCAAUCGAGUCGAUACAAUCCCAAUUGUGUACCGAUUGAUACAAGUAACACACGGCUAUAUACUGUGGUCCCACUAAAGCCUACAGCCCUACCCACGGGGGUUUUGAAUAAGCUUUUGGCCAAGGAUGAAGUGUUUCAAGUUAUUGACGUUGAAACUGGGGUUGCAGUUUAUGAGUUUCGUGCUACUUCCAAGUACUCAAAAGCCAUUUUUGAUUUUGUAGAGGCUUAUAAACCAUCAAUAAAGACUGUUCCAUUGGGAGUUGAUGCAUCUGGAACUUCCUCCACAGUUAAUAAUGAUGAUGAAAAAGUAACAGAUUUACCCCCCAUUGCUACAAUCAGUGCAGGCAUUUGGAGUACAAUUGAUUUUAAUAAGUCUGCAAACAAUAUUGGUAUGCCUCAUUUUUACCAAGGUGUAAAUCAAAUUUCACACCAGUCUGAUUUUUUAGACAAUUAUCGAGUAUUUGAGCUGUCGGAUGGGAAUAUCUAUCAGUGGACUAAGCGUGGUAUGUUUUUGGAACGGGUUUAUAACUUGGGACAAAAGGAUAGUGAGAUUCGUGAACGUUGUGGUGGUGUUAUGAUGGGUAAUGUUCGACGGUUUUAUGAGUCUCGGGGCCAAUCAUUUAAUGGUGAUUAUUCAGGUAUUGGUCAAGCUAGUCAAGCUGGCCAACUACCAAUUCCACAGCAACAGCAACAGCAACAGCAACAGCAGGCUGACUUUUUUGCUGUAGUUGGAGGGUCUGGAACUGGGUUUUCGAUUGAGAUUGAUGAGAGCAAGGUUGACCGAGAAGUAGCGCUUAUGACUGCCAUGGUGAGCUUUUUAGAUCACUGGAACACACUUUUGGGUGUUGGCGGGGUUUACUACAAACUUAAGACUGGCGGUGCAGGUGAAGUUCCCUGGCGCCGUAUUUCUCGUCACUAA